AUGCCUCGCCACUCCUAUCCUCCGCCGCAUGGAACGCACCAGCAGCUGCAGUACUCCCUUCCGCCCGAGCACAGCGGCUCAGGACGACCCCGCGACGAGUCGCUCGACCACAGCAGCUGGCGGCGCGACGAGCAACAGAGCAGCGACGCGCGCAUUCGCGUCGAGCCCAGCCGUAGUGCUGCCGGUGGUCAGUGCAAUGCUAAGCAGCUCAACAACCGCAUCUCUGAUGCCAGCGGCACCGAAGAGCUGCUCACGCUCUUCGCUGCCCACAGCACGGGCUUGGAUCACAUCCAUGCAGGAAAUUUGUGGAACAAGCUCGGCAAGCAGAACAUUGAGCGGCGGCACGAGGAGCAGCUUGAGCAGCUGGUGCGACGUACGCUCGACCUCGUUUCGUCGUGCGAGGCGCGAACUCUGUCGAACAUAGCUCACGGUGUUGCCAAAUGCCGGCUGCCAGCGAGCGUGGAUCCGUCAGGGUGGAGCUCUGAGCACCACUCUCAGUUGCACCAAUGGCAGCUCUGGCUCUCCCUGGAGCGAGGCGAAGACGGGCAGCAGUAUCUCCUUCCCGACUCACAGCGCCAGCUUUGCCGCGACGCUAUGGUCGCGAACUUAGCUCGGCCGUCAGGCUUGCAGCGCUCGGUUGCAGCUGCCCUCACCUCCGUCCAGCACGGCUUCGAGGAGGAGUGUCUCGAGCCGCUCACCGGCUACUCGCUCGACCUGGCGAUACCCUCGACACGCAUCGCGAUCGAGGUGGACGGCCCCUUUCACUUCCUCCUGCCCGACGGCCGGGGCGUGCGCAGACCCAACGGGCCGACGCUGCUCAAGCGGCGCCUCCUCGCGGCGGCCGGCUGGCGGGUGAUCAGCGUUCCAUUCUUCGAGUGGGACGCCUUGCCGACGGCCAGCGAGCGGCAAACCUACCUGGAGAGGGCGGUCGCCCUGUCGGAGUAA